AUGACUGCGCCGGGCAAGGGGUCGCGAUGGGGGGCCUUCCUCUCCUCGGCCUUUGAGGGCGUAGAGAAUCGCCUCGAUAACUUGCUUGAUGAGGAGGAGCAUCAAAAGUCCCAGGGACAGCCGUACCAUCAGCAGCAGGGAAUGACGGUGCCGCAGCCAUCACCGAGCCCCAAGCCUGCCACCACUGCUCCUGCCCACAAACCAAACCGCGCCAAUGAUCGUCUACAAGCUAGGCUGGCCAAGGCCAUGGCCUCGAGAACCUCACAAUCCUCCCCCCGAAGCUCCAUCGACACUGCCCGUGGCUCGGUCGAUAAGGAGCGCCCUGCCAGUACAGAACCGGUGAUCACCAAACCUCCACCCGAAACACCAGAGCCCAAGGCUGCUGAGCCUCAACCUCAGCCAUCCGAGCCCUCGUCCGCUGCCGAAACUCCUCCCGUUCCUGCAGAAGAUGAUGCAGUCACCUCGAAGGAGGACGAAAAAGACCAAGAAGUUCCGAAGCCAGCUACCUCCGAGCAGGCCACUGUCGACUCCGUUCCCAAAAUUCAUACACCAGACGACCCAGCACCAGAUGAGCCUGCAGCUCAGCCCGAACACGCCAUUCAGGAGCAGCAUGACGAGAAACCCGCCGAGACACCGAAGCCUGACACAGAAACCCCAACCGAGACUGCGCAAAGUGACCAAGACGCGAACCAAGCCAGUGCCCAUCGAGAGGAGAUUCAGGAAUACAUUGAACAAAUAGAUUCGCUACAGGCCAAGAUACAAUAUCUAUCAAAGAACGCUGCAGAAGCCGCCAAGAAGGCAGCUAAUGAUGCUCCUGCAGGGAGCGAAGAACGCAAACUCGCCGAAAAAGACGAGAAGAUUGCUCUACUGUUGGAAGAAGGACGAAAGCUCUCUACUUCGGAGCAAAAAUACCGAAACACAAUCCGAAAGCUGCGGUCGCAAAUAGUAGAAAACGAGAAGCAAGUCAAUGAGCUCAAGAAGGGCAAGGAGAAAGCCUUGUCCGAGGCCGAGUCGCUACGUAACCGUGUGAGCAGCAAGGAGGAGCAAGAGAAACGAAACGAGGAAGUGCGAAAAGCAAGUGCUGCUCUCCAAAAGGAGAUUGACACACUGAAGAAGGAGAAGGCAGCUAAGGAUGAGGCCUACAGGCGCCUAGAGCAAGAUUCCAAGACCAAGGCGGAGCAGGCACAGAUCGCUCAUACUGAGGCCCUCAGCAAGGCAUUGGCCGUUGAAAAGAAGCGGCAGACGGAGCUUGAGGAGACAAUUGCAACAUUACGAGCGGAAAAGGAGGCGUUGGCCGAGAAGGCGCGUCUAGAUGAGAUAGAUUGGCAGGCUAAGCUUGAUCGGGCCGUUGAACGCGGCCGCAACGUCGAGGAAGAGCUCAAACUGGAGCUGAGGGCGGCCGAGAGCAAGCUCGAGGCGAUGCGAGUAGCUGCUGAGGAAGCGUCCUCGGGCUCAGGAGGAGACAUCAAGCUGAUACGACACAUUGAGACCCUCCAGUCGCAGUACGCCUCGGCCAGCGAGAACUGGCAAGGUAUUGAAGCGUCACUUCUGACAAAGGCAGCCAACCUUGAGAAGGAGAGGGACGAGGCGCAACGGCGAGAGUCAGAGAUGCGGAAGAAGGCUCGAGACUCGGCCAGUCGAUGCAAGCGCCUCGAGGAUGAGCUGCAAGACGUAAGCCCUGCCCUCACGACCGCUCAAGAGGAGCUGGAGACAUGCCGCGAGCAACUUGCUACACUCAGGACCCAGCACAAGACAACCGAGACGGCACUUGAACAAGCCCGGGCCGACCUCGAGAAGCAGCAGCGAGCUGCGAGCCGGGAGAUUUCUGUCGAAGUCGAGCGACGACAAUGGGCAGAUGAGGUUACUACGCCCAGGACUCAGAGCCGCCCUGACUCGCCACUGCUCUCUGUUCCUCGAACCUUUAGCUCUGACCUCAUUGGCCUGCCUGUGCCAGGGAGAGCGCCUCGACGAGUUCCCACGCCUGGAAGCCAGCCCGAUAGUGCCGGCGAGGGUUUCUUUUUCGGUCGAAGAAUGUCGAGCCAGCCCCCGAUCCGGCCGAGUGCGCUGUCAACUGGCGGACCUAUGAUGCCGCCGCUGUCCCCCUUUGAACCGCCCAGCGAAUCGCCACGAGCAGCCUCUCCCCCACCAGAGAGGGAUUUCGGUCUUGAAGAUGGUGACCCUUCCUCCCCUCGUAAUGUGGCCCAAGACAUGAUUUCGGUGUCAACUGUUGGAGCUGGCCCAUCGGUGCAGCUUGUUGAGAGAAUGAGCGCCGCGAUCCGGCGGCUGGAGGCUGAAAAGGUGGCUGCUAAGGAAGAGAUGGCUCGUGUGUGCAGCCAGCGGGAUGAGGCGCGGUCUGACAUGGUUGGCCUGAUGAAAGAGCUGGAAACUGGCAAGAGUGCUACGGCGCGAGUGACUCAGCUCGAGGCCGAGGUUGAAGACCUCAACUCGCGAUACCAGACAACGUUGGAGAUGCUGGGCGAGAAGAGCGAGCUCGUCGAGGAGCUCAAGGCCGACGUGCAAGACGUCAAGGAGAUGUACAGAGAGCUAGUAGAGCGGACGGUGAAAUGA